UUUUGUUCACGUCGAGUUUGAAUGAAGUGUGUUUCGGGAUGAGUUAAUGAGGCAAUUAGGCCGGUCUUACUUAACUUGAAUUCGGAAGGUGUAAAGUCGUGGCUGUAUUUUUCUGUUUAAAAUAAAGUAGGUGUAAGAAUGUUUCCUUUCUUUUCCUUUCCUUUUCCUUUCGUGUGUGUGUGUGUGUGUGUGUGUGUGGUACAAUGAAAUGUGUUGGACAAAAAAACAAACCAGCUCAGCAAUAAGAGCACUAGUCAUAAAAUAUAGACUUUUUUUUCCAUAGAUAGGCUUACUACCUCCAUGGUAAAUACCAGUUUUGUGGUGCGCUAGGUGUCUGUCAUCAUUUAUGCAUCUCCCUGUUUGUCAACAGAUAAACAUAGACAGUUUUGACUGGUAACUGAGAAAUCUUUGGUAACAGUUCUCCUGUAGCACACUAGUAAGUAGUCAAGAGCAGACUCUAGGUCUUGAGAAAAGUAGCUAGUAUAUAUUAAUUUUUUUUAUUAAUGUUAGUAUCUGUUUUAACUUCUCAGGUCAGCCAGCAACACGAGAGAACAGGCAUACAACACAGCAAACAGCAGUCAUACAAUGCAGAAAAAUGAAAUAAAUGAAAUGUAGGCAGUAGUGUUUCAGGCAGAACAGCAGGACGACCCAAAAAUUUGUUUGGCACAGACACACCCAGUCCUCAGCUCCAGAUGGGCUGGGCUUAGGCUCAGAUCUGGUCAACUCUAAGAAACGCCCCUGUGUGGUAACCGACUCAAAAUGAUCAACUGAUCAUUAAUCAGACAUCACAUUUAACAUUCAGUUUCAAUAUGUCUAUUAAACAAAGAGUCCCACUUCCGUCACUUUCAAAUACCAUUGAUAAAGAUAAAAACAGUGACUGUAUAAUCCAGUGUUUUUCGUUUGGUAUCAAUGGGUUUGUUUUGUGGCUGACCCUCCUGUGUUUGAAGUCGAUUUGACUCCAUUCACAGUUUGAAAUCUGAAAAAAAAAACUUUAUGCUUCAUGGCUUUUCAUUGAAUUUGUCAUUAUAAUCUCUGUGUUCAAAGUGAUGUGGUUGGGGUUCUUCUGGGCUGGAUGGAAAAUGAAAUUAUCCUUUAAUGCACUUCCACUGCAGCCCUUUCCCUCUCUUGCUCUGGGUCAGAAUGACUCCAAACACAAUUAAAGGUCUGUUUUGUAUAAUAUAAAGUCUAUUUCUCUUCCGCUACAAUGGAUUUCUUUCCAGAUUGUCAUGAGUCCCAAUUGUUGAAUCAAAGUAAUUUAAAUGUCAAAAACAUUCAGUGUUACCAAAGCAGAAGCCCCUUGUACAGGCGAGAAUAGUGAUCUGACUGGCCUUAUUUGCAGUGGGAAAACUAAGAAACAACAGAAUCUGAGCAUAUCAAAGCACAAAAUGUGCAACAUGAAGCUUCAGCAUGCAUGGUGACAACAGUGAGUGAAAUAUGCAGUAUCUUGAUUUGAUACCACUAACUAUUGAAUUUAGUAUGUGUAUCACCAGGUUAGAAACUGCAGUGGUUCAGUUCAGUUCAGUUGAUCCAGUGGAACAUCUUGCUUUAACUUAGAGGGGCUACACCGUAACUAACCCCUAUAGGAACAAGAGCAAACAUGUUGAUCUGUGCAAUUUUGGUACAGUUUCUUCAUCUAUGACAGAGGAUGCAAUAGGAAGUCACAGUAACUCAUUUUCACUUUUCAUCAGAAAUUUGCAUACUUCCACAAUGAAUCCAGUAGUUUCUGGUGUAAAAUUCAGGCAUCAUUAGGGCUUUCAGCAGGCUCACAUCUAAAUAACAUAAUUUCAAGUCACAGUUAGUUAGCAUGAUGUUUAAUGUGAAUGUUUUUGUACGGUAAAAUCUAAAAUCUAACAACAAAAAUCUUUUCAGCGGAUGUUCGUAAAGUCUAAUCAAAUGGAGGUCAAAUGUGUGAUUGAGGAUGUUUCUACAUGGGGAUUCAUUACUAGGAGCCAAAUGAAUGAAUUUCUGCUUGUAAAACUGUGGUUUGUUAGUUGCCUGGGGAGACAGAGAGAAAGAGAAGGUAACCCUGGUGAACUGUCAUUUAUGGAGACAGAAUGGUAUUGGAAGUAGUCGCAUGGCGCCCUCUGGUGGGGACUCAUUUGCUGUCUUGGUGCAUUUCUCAGUACUGAGUUCACUUUUUCAAAACUCUCCACACAGUCAAGAGUUGAACCUGAGACGUGUAUGAAGGGUUUUGGUUGCAUUAAUGCAUUGUGGGUGUGAGAUUAACUGUUGUGCUGAGCUGCAUGUCAGUAAAGAGAACUGUGUGGACAGUUUUUAAGAAAUUAACUUAGUAUAAAGAAAUGUGUGUUACCAAUUGUAAAAAAAAAACAAAAAACCCUAAUUUUCAUAAUCAUUAGACUAAAGGUCAAAGGUCAGGGUGCACAGUGGUUGCAGUCUCAGGUGUAGAAGGCCAUGUGAAACAGCAGUGCUGAGAAAGCUCAAAACAUCAAAGUUUUCUUCUAAGAAAGCAAUGUACAAAUCGGUUUGUACUCAGAAAGUCCUUUGUUUUAAGUCCCUGCAUCAGAUAACACUGUAGCUGAUGACAUACAGUAUUGUGAGUCAUAUGACCACACAGAACAGCAGGACGACCCAAAAGCAUUUCAGUGCACACCCGCACACAUUGACUGAACGAAUCUUUGGCAACAUUUUACUAAACACCAAAAAAUGUUGAGUUUUAGUUUUGUCAAAUGUACAAUUUAAACAUCCUUUUUCAUAUACACAUUUUAAUUAAAGCAUUUAAUAUGUCUUUGAAUUCUGACAUGGGCUUUCCAUUAGUUUACUGACUGCAGUAUGUAAAUAUCUCUGCCUUUGAAGUUUAAUAGUUAAUUUGUGGAUGGCCACUGGUGAUUUGCCCUCAACUGUCUCAUGUCAAAAGAAGAGGAGCCAAAAAAUAACAAUAAAAACACAUAUAUAUACUGUUCAUACACAGGCAAGUAGGCAAGUAGUGGUUGGUUAGGGUUAGGGUAGUCUCCAGGAAAUGUAAUGUCCUCUGAAGUAAUGGAAACAGGACUCUCUCUGUGUGUGUGUGUGGAGAGAGAUCAUGAGUUACGCGCCUGUUUUACGCUCAUGACUACUUACCCUCAGACUAGAAAGCAGACCGCAUUCCCUCAAAUCACUGUAAACUCAUUGUAAACUAUGGGCUUAUGUGAUCCUCAGGUCACAAAGGCUCAUAUUCCUCUAUGUGUCUUUAAGCGAUUACGGUCAUUGGUAGUUGAUGUGGAAAAAUUGUACUGAUCUUCACUUUUGUGGACUGACUGACAAGCAUGUAGACCUACUAGCUUUGUGUCAUCUGCUAAUAAAAUAUAAUAAUCAACCACAUCAAACCACCACAUGGGUAUCAGAAUCAAACAAGUAUGAUACAGUACGGCCAACUAUAGCAGGGCUCAGUAUACUCUGAAUCUGAAUCAGAAUCAGGAAUGGGAAUUUGCUUUGGUAAUUUGGUGCAAAACAAUAAACAUAGUAGAAACAUAAUAAUUAUAAAGCAAGCAGGUCUACUACAGGUCAAGAAUCAUAAAUAUAACAUUUACAAUAAGAUAUUAAAGAAUAUUUAAAAAAAAUAUUAUAGGAAAACAAUAAAGAAUAUGUACACUCUACAGAGUGAUGUACUAGAAAACAGCCUGAAGUCACCCAUCACAUACAGUUGAGCACAAUCAUUUCUAGGUACAAUGAAGACAUCAAAUGGGAGGGUCACAUAUCAACAAACCAGCCUAUAUAACACACACUCGUGCAUGAUCAUUGUAAAUACCAACAAAAAUAGUACAGGCUGCCUACAAGAGACCCAGUCCAUUAACACCCAUGACAUGCAGUAGGCUACAGUGCUAACAGUUAAUAAUGCAGUUAAAACGAGCGACCACCGAGGUAAGUGGUUUCCCCCCUGAUCUUUGAGUUAAAGUUAGUGAAGUUUAUGAUGUUGCGCCGCCACGCUUCGAUGGUGAUGACAAGAAUAGCAUACAUGCCGGUAUCUUUAUUAGAGUUAAUUAGUGAUGAUUCACCCUCAUGCAUGAAUCAUACAUCAGUACCCUAAUAGUGUGCAUGAUCCAUGAUUAUGAAGAUACAGAAAUAUAGAAAUGCAUGGCAACAGCAUAUUGUCAAUAUUUUAGAGACCCCCCCCCCAUAAUUGCACAAAUUGUGUUUUCAGAGAAGCUCGUGUCUUAUCAAGAGGAGACCCCCCCUCAGUCCCGGGUCUCUAAAUCGGACACAAUAAUUCGUUCGGGUGGAUGAUUUAGGCUACAUGUAGAUUCGGAUGAUGCCAGAUCCAAUCCGCGCUUCACUAGUAGGCUACACACGCUGUAGCAAUUUUUGAUCAUUUAGGCUAAUAUUGAGAGAUAGCCAAGAGAAAUUGUGUGAACGUAAAACCUCAUUUAAAACCAAUAACCAGAGUAGAAGGUUGAUGUUUUUUCAUGUUGCUUUUCGUGAAACUUCAUACUACAACGAGCUCAGGUGGCUUUGUUAGACAAAUUGGGUAGGCUUCUUGUUCAUGUGAAAAUCCACGUGAAUUGGUACUUGUUCAUUUGAAGUCCCUGGUCUAUUUACCACUACAAAGACACACUAUUCGCCCACUUUUUGCACCUUCUGAAAUGUGUCUUUUUCGGCACAACAAAUGAUGUUAAUGGCCGCCUGAAGUAAUCUUCACCCUGAGGUUAAGCGGCAUGUGACUGGCUCAACUGAAAGGAGGGGGGCGCCCGGAGAAAAGCCAGAAAAACGCCUCACAUGGGCAUUCCCACUUUGUGUAGGCCUAUAUGGUUAAUUUCUCGGUGACUGCUUGCCGUUUCCAAAUUAAAACCUUGCUGUAAUGUGGCCCCUUAUAAUAAUUCAUUUCAUGCUGUGUUUUGCGCCGAGCUAUCAACAAUUCCCCCGUCUGUGUGCCACCCGGGAAGCCUUGCGCACCAAGGAGUGCUGCCCGUCUUGGGAAGGGGAUGGUUCGCCCUGCGGAGCCAGCUCGGGUCGGGGCUUCUGCCAUGAUGUGGAGGUGCCGGACCAGCCCGACGGGCCGCAGUACCCCUUCUCCGGGUUGGACGACAGAGAGAAGUGGCCCUUGGUUUUCUACAACCGGACGUGCCAGUGUGCAGGGAACUUCAUGGGUUUCAACUGCGCGGACUGUAAGUUUGGCUACUUUGGGGUAAACUGCAAUGAGAGGCGAGAGUCUCUGCGGAGGAACAUAUUUCACCUGUCCAGGGCCGAGAGGAUCAGACUUGUAUCCUACCUGAACUUGGCCAAGCAGACAAUCAGCAGGGACUAUGUUGUGGUGACCGGGACCUACCAGGAGAUGGAGAACGGCUCCAACCCGAUGUUCGCUGACGUGUCUGUUUAUGAUGUGUUUGUGUGGAUGCAUUACUAUGUGUCCCGGAACGCGCUCUUAGGCGGGCCGGGGAAUGUGUGGACCAAUGUGGACUUUGCCCACUGGGCGCCUGCGUUUCUCCCGUGGCACCGCGCAUACCUGCUGCUCUGGGAGCAUGAGAUCAGGAAGCUGACCGGAGACAUGAGCUUCACCAUCCCGUACUGGGACUGGAGGGAUGCCCAGGGAUGUGACGUAUGCACGGACGAGCUGAUGGGGGACCGGAGCCCCCAGGAUCCCAGCUUUCUGAGCCCAGGCUCGGUCUUCUCUUCUUGGAGGGUGCUGUGCUCCCGAGCACAGGAGUACAGUGACAGGGGUGUGUUAUGUGAUGCCGGGGAAGAAGGCCCAUUGCGUCGUAACCCUGGAAACCAAAAUCGUAACGUGGUUGAACGAUUACCAACUUCAGCAGAGGUGGAGUUCACUGUCAGUCUGACCAACUAUGACACUGGAGCCAUGGACCGCAGUGCCAACAUGAGCUUCAGGAACACUCUGGAAGGAUACGGGGAUCCUCAGACUGGGUUGGGAAACAGCUCUCGUAUGAGCAUGCAUGCUGCUCUCCAUGUGUUCAUGAACGGAUCCAUGUCCUCAGUGCAGGGCUCAGCAAAUGACCCCAUAUUCCUUCUCCACCACUCUUUUGUUGACAACAUUUAUGAGCAGUGGCUCAGGAGGCAUAGACCAUCUCCAUCACAGUAUCCAGAGUCUAAUGCUCCCAUAGGGCACAACAGUGAAUACCACAUGGUGCCCUUCCUGCCCCUCCACAGAAACAGAGAAUACUUCAUCUCCAGCAAGGACCUGGGAUAUGAAUAUUCGAAUCUGCUAGAUGCUAACCAGAGGCUAGCAGAAUCCAUACGUCCUUACCUGGAGGAAUUGCAGGAUGUGUGGCCCUGGCUGCUGCUUGCAGGGCUCUGUGGAGGAAUUGUAACAGUGGCCAUAGCCGCUGCUCUCCUGACUGCAAAACGGCGGCUGCAUGUGGGGAGGUGGAAAAAGUUAUUUUCUCUCCCAGAAAGACAGCCGCUUAUCUGGAACAGUGAGACAGAGGAACCCAACCACCGUAACUACCAAACAACUCUGUGAAGGCACAGCCUGAAUUUUAAUAUCAAAGCACUGUGAAUUAUACAUUACAUCAACUGGAAGGAAGUUUUUUUCUUGCCACUGUCGCCAAGUGCUUGCUCAUGGUGGCAUUUGUUGGGUCUCUGUAAAUAAUAUAGAGUACGGUCUAGACCUGCUCUAUAGGAAAAGUGCAAUGAGAUAACUUCUGUUAUGAAUUGGUGCUAUAUAAAUAAAAUUGAAUUGAAUCGACUAAUUGUAACAAGCCUAUAAUCUUUGUUAAUGGGAAUAUAUUUCAACUGUAUUAAAAGAGCAAAAAAAAAAACAAAACAAAAAACUGCAUGUUGGAAAUUUUCUAAACGUUGAACAUGUUGAACCCACAACUUGUAACUUGUUGAAUU